AUUCCACUGUGGUCAUUAGUUACAUAAUUUAAGGAGACCCUUUUUAAAGCCAUUAUUCGAUUGAAGCUUAAUAUAAAUUCAUAGGAGUUUUUGCCAAUUUUGUCCUCCUCAGCUGGAGAUUUUGUAUAGUUACGGAUACCCCGAACGCAGGAAUGCAGAGUGAUGUCUUAUCCACACUAUCCACGACCACCUGUAAAUGUUACCCCAUACCCUUCCAGUUUGUCUGUGAACACAAACCUUGGACAGACUACAGCAACCCCUCCCCUCACCAUAAUUCCUAGUGGAACAACUGUAUUAGCUUAUUAUCAAGACUAUGCAUGGUAUUUUGGAGUUGUACAGAGUUACAAUCUUACCCGUAGCGGAUCUCUUAUCUAUCAGGUCCUCUUUCGAUCUGGUGAAAUACGUUCUGUUGCAUCUAGUCAGGUACUCAGUCAGCAGUCUAAUAAUCAGAACAUUGAAAUUGGUAGCAGAGUAGUUGUGCAACAUCCUACCAAAUCCAUGUACAUAUCUUCACUGGUUGCUGAACUUCCAUCAGUGGAAAAUGUUUUUAGGUAUCUAUUAUUUCUUGAUGAUGGAUCAGCCUGUUACAAGACCAAAGAUAAGCUGUGGGUUAUCAAUCUAAAUGAGAACCCUAUUUUGAUGUUGCCACCUCCAUACAAGUCUUUCAUUCAGCGUUAUUUCACCAUGACUGGAUCAACAGUGAAACUUAUAAAUUUGAAUCCGAAUGAUUCAGUGAACUUUACCAAUUUUGAUAAUACGAAUUUACAGUUUUCUGGCAAAAUUGUAGAGGUGGAUUGUAGCAUUGCUCUCAUAAGGUACAGUAUACCAAGUGGUGGUCUUGCAGAAGAGUGGAUUCACAGAGGAUCAACUCGAAUCUUGUCAUAUGGGCAUAAUCAGUAUUACUCCACAGCUGGUGAUAUACCAAAGCACAAUGGAGCAGCUAAACAGAUGCAAAAUCAGCCCUAGCAAUAAUUUUGAUACUGAUCAGACUCAAGAUCAGCAAAUGUUUAUCAAAUCUCCUUUGAAAGGAAAACCCUAUAUGGUUCCUCCAAGUCUUGAUCCUUUCAUGUUUUCUGAAGAUGAGAGCGCUAUGCCAUCUGUAUCAAAAUCAGCUAAAUACAACACUGUUAAUUCAUGGCCAGUUUCCAAUAAUACAUCCAGUCGCAACACGACCUACGGAAAUCAGAUGUUCUCUCCCAAGCAUGGUGCUGUAGCUCCCCAGCCACAAUCACCUAUACUCAUUUUGGAUGAAAGUCCCUCCAAGGAUCCUCCUCCCUAUUCAAGCCCAAAGCCUCCAGUUCCCAGUUUCCCAAGCAGUGCUAGUAGCAACCAAUCCCCAUCUAAACCUUAUAAUGAGAAUUUCAUGUCCCCUUCAUCGGUAUCACUGUCCCCGCAUGCUUACAAACCAGCUUCAGUAUUUUCUUGGUCUGCCUCUGAGGAGUCAGGGACAAGACGUCGCCUCGAUUUGAGUCCAAAAUUGAACCUUGACCAUGACGUUGAGUUUGAUUUUGCUGAUACAAUACUCAACACACCUGUAAGUUCUGCUGUUAGUCCACCAACUUUCACAGCUCCAUCACCUGACGAAAUUCCUUUCGAAGAAACUGUUGUUCAGACUAUGAUCAAGAAAGAAGACGUGGUUAAAAUUGAUGAUGACGACAAUUUACCACCACUUGUCAUUGAAAAUGAAAGCAGCAAUGAUAAGGUUUUGCUCCUAGAUGCCACUCAGAUUCAAGUCAAGGACAGCUUCAAAAGUGAAAGCACGACACGAAAUGUUCCAAUGAUUCUGCAUCAAGAAGCUUGUCUUGAUAAUUUUACUGCUACAUCAACUAUGGAGACAUCAACCCAAAAUGGUAACGUAAUUGAAGUUCACGUUCACAGCAGCAAUAAUGGUGAGGCUUUUAUUUCACUAACACCAGCAGUUGAAGUAGUUACAAUGGAAACAGAAACUCCAGAGGAACUAGUGAUAGAGCCCGUGAAGAAAGGAGUAAGAGAAUCCCUUAAAAUUGAGAUCAAAGUAGAAGAAGAAUCUUCCAGUCCUAUAAAUGCUACUAAAUCCAGGAAAAGAAGAAUCGUUACUCCUACCAAGUCUCCUAAAAUAGCUAUUCCUAAAGUGAAGAUUAAUCUGAAAGCUAUCAGCGAGUCGUCAAAGGAUUUAGCUGCCCAGAAGUGUGUCAAAAGAGCUAGAAAACAACAAUCUAAGGAUGUCAAUAAAGAUACUAAGCAGGCUAUUGCUGAUAAGAAGAAGAAAAUGGCUAAAAUGGUUGAGAUGAACAUGAAGUCACUCCUUAUGAUCAAAAAGGACCCCAUCAAAAUAAAUUCGGAAGCCAAAAUUGCACGCUGGUGUGCUCCUUGGUCUUGCAGGACAUCUGGGAAUAGAUACCAUCCAAAGCUAAAUCGAGACUAUUACACAGAAUUUGGCGAAAUUUUACAAAAAGUUGGAAUGUUAAAAACUGACGAAGAUCUUGAGGAGGGAGAACUAGAUGAUUCAGACGGAGAGGAGUCAAAUGACAAAAAGUCCCCCAUUUUGCUUCCAUCAUUUCAAAGUCCUCACACCUGCUCAUUUCUUUGCAACAGAUUUUCCAGUGGUACAACAUCUGCUGAAUCACCUUUCAGCUAUCCCAUUCAGUUUGGCUGGGAGCGAAUAAACAAAAAUAAUAAAAUAACCUACAUCUCUCCCUGUGGUAUAGUUUGUAUGGAUAAAGGUGAUGUGUUAAAUCAUUUAUUAGCCACCAAAUGCACCAGCUUAUACUCCUCUAACUUCUGUUUUCUCCCCGAAAUUUCGUUGGAUUUAUCCACCUCCAAACCAGAAUUUGAACCCCUGUAUUCAGAUAAUGAUCUAUCUAAUGGGCUAGAAUCAGCCUCAGUAUCAUUUAUAAGUAACAUUGGACCAAUAAUCAAAUACAGUUUUCAUUAUGUCAUUGAUCUGAUCCAUGAUUCUUCCCUAAAUCAAUUUGACAAGGAUUUGAUAUCCUGUACUUGUGAGGGAGUUUGUAUCAGUUCUUGUCCCUGUAAAGCCAUGUCAGGCGAUAGAUCUGAGUGCAACAGUCACUGUUCUUGUUCGAUUGGAUGUGCUAACCGAGUGGUACAAAGGGGACUCCAACAACUACUUCAAAUAAUUCAAGAUGACACAUCAUUUAGGGUCAAAGCUCUUCACGACAUUCCAAAGAACACUUUCAUUUGUGCAGUGACUGGAGUGGUAAAGAAGUUGGUUCCUGAAAAUGAAAACUUCCUCUUCCCUCUGAGUCACGCUUCUUACACAGAUGAUUUAGAAGAAACUUCCGCAGCCGAGGAGGUUGCUACCAAAGCAGAAAACCGAAAGUCGAACUCUAGUGGCACGUUUUAUCACGACGACCCAAACCUCAUCAUGUCCACAGACUUGGAAUCUAUGAAUAGGAUCUUGCAUCGUAACUUAUCGAAGUCUGUUCAGCAAAAUCCAUAUUGGGUGAGAGCAGCAUCGAAGUAUGGGCGCCUAGAGAACUUAGCAGACCCGGAACUAAUGUCUACAUAUCCCUCCCUUAUGAUGGGGCGACGGGAACCUCCUCAGCGACCAAAAAGAUUGUCAUCAACUUCAAAAGAUCAGUGUUCUAUUGAGACUAAGAAGGCAGAAAUAUACUUAGAUUGUACAGAGUAUGGAAAUGUUGGAAGAUUCUUUCCCAUUGGGGACAAUUUUAAUACAGAAAUUCAGCCUAUUGUAAUAGAUAGUUCUUCAAUACCUUGGUUAGCUAUUUACUCAACAUCGAAUAUAACAAAGGAUAGUUCACUCGUUCUGAAGCCAUUCAAAAGGUAGCAGUGAUUAGAAAUGUUAUAUUCGGAGCUUCAUCCGGGUUGUUAAACUUACAAUUAAACGUUUACUUUACAAGGUGCCAUCAGACAUAUUCAGAGAUUUCAUGUUAGAAUUUCAUAAUACAUUGAAUACCAUUUGCAUUUACCUUAUGAAUUUCUAUUAACACAUUUUAGCUGCAUUUGCCUUUUCUCGGCUCAUCGCCGCGCCUUCAGUACUCUAGAUACAAACCAAAUUGUAAUAUUAAUAUAUCAUUCGCUGUUUUUGAUAUUAAUUUGAAACUCGAUAAACUGGGAAAAAAUGUGAGUUACUUUUGAUCGGGUUCCGUCCUAAUUUCUUAAUUCCUAGCAUUCAACCCUGAACUAUCCGGAUGCUCUUGCUUUCUGUCUAGGUUAGGUUUAUCGCGUAAGUAUUGUGAUGAUUUAAUUAUUUAAUGAUCAAGUGUGUGCUUCAUAAACAUAUUAUUAAGGGGGUCACUCUGUAAUUGUUGUGAACAUUUAAUUUUAGAUAGCAGUUGACUAAUUAACUAGGACGCCAAACACUCUUUCGAAGGUCUAAAAUUGGAAAUUCUCCCCUUACAAAGUUACAAUAAGUACAUUACGAAUCUAAACUCAUUUAAAAAAAGUGGAAGUAUUGAAAGAUGGUGGAUAGAGAGUAUGUUUGUUAGACCAAUCUUCCAUAUAAUGUUAGUCUUAGAAGUGUUGAUAUUUGACUAAAAUUUUUGGGCUACAAAGAAUAUUUUUAAUGCGAACAUACGAGAGCAGAACCUACAAGGAGGACUCCAAAAAGCUUAGUUUGGAGCAUAUUAUGGUGAAUUUGCUUAAUUGGGCUAAAAUGCAUAUGGCAGCCGCACAACACCAGUGGGUGUUUGGGGCCUGCAAUCCUCAUAAGUUCUUUCAUAGGCCCCAGUCAGUUUGUCAACUGCUAUUUCAAAAUUUGGAUUGAAAAAUUUCGAGGUGAAUCCCCUAUAUAAUGUUAUGAAUUUUAAAUCACGGAAUUUUCAUUUCAUAUUAUACAAAUAUUAUGUAAAAUUAUUUUUAUUUGAGUUUUCAGUUUAAUGACCAACAUUA